AUGCCUGAUCCAGACAAAAAGGUGAAGACCACAGAAAAGUCAACUGAUAAAAAACAGCAAGGAGUCGCCAGCAGGGACUAUUCAGAUCUUAAAAGACUCCGGUGCCUUUUGAACGUUCAAUCAAGCAAACAACAGCUUCCAGCCAUUAACUUUGAUAGUGCCCAAAAUAGCAUGACGAAGUCUGACCCCGCCAUCAAGGCGGGUGGACACAGAGCUCGAGGUCAGUGGCACGAGUCCACAGAAGCUGUUGAACUUGAAAAUUUUAGUAUAAACUACAAGAAUGAAAGGAAUUUCAGCAAACAUCCCCAGCAUGUGUUAUUUCAGGAGAUCUUUACAGCCUUGGUGAAAAAUAGACUCAUAUGCAGAGAGUGGGUUAAUCGAGCCCCAUCUAUUCAUUUUCUGAGAGUGUUAAUUUGUCUGAGGCUACUAAUGAGGGAUCCAUGUUAUCAGGAAAUACUCCAUAACCUGGGUGGGACUGAAAACCUAGCUCAGUACAUGGAGAUGGUUGCGAACCAGUAUCUGGGCUACGGAGAAGAGCAGCACAGUGUGGACAAGCUGGUCAACAUGACGUAUAUUUUUCAAAAACUCGCAGCCGUCAAAGAUCAAAGAGAAUGGGUCACCACAAGYGGAGCUCACAAGACAUUAGUAAAUUUACUUGGUGCCCGGGACACUAAUGUCCUACUGGGUGCCCUUCUGGCCCUGGCAAGCUUAGCAGAAAGUCCAGAAUGUAGGGAGAAGAUAAGUGAACUCAACGUUGUUGAAAACCUAUUGAUGAUCUUGCAUGAAUAUGACUUGCUUUCCAAAAGACUAACUGCAGAGUUACUGCGCCUCCUUUGUGCCGAACCCCAGGUGAAGGARCAGGUGAAGCUCUAUGAGGGGAUACCUGUUCUCCUCAGUCUGCUCCACUCUGACCACCUGAAGCUACUCUGGAGCGUUGUCUGGAUUCUGGUCCAGGUCUGUGAAGACCCCGAGACCAGUGUGGAAAUUCGCAUCUGGGGAGGCAUCAAGCAGCUUCUUCAUAUUUUACGAGGAGACAGAAAUUUUGUUUCUGAUCGUUCCUCCAUUGGGAGCCUGUCUAGUGCAAAUGCCGCCGGCCGAAUCCAGCAGCUUCACCUGUCAGAAGAUUUGAGUCCUAGGGAAAUACAAGAAAAUACUUUCUCUCUUCAAGCAGCCUGCUGUGCUGCCCUCACUGAGCUGGCCCUCRAUGACACCAACGCCCACCAGGUGGUCCAGGAAAAUGGUGUUUAUACAAUAGCAAAAUUAAUUUUACCAAAUAAGCAAAAGAAUGCAGCAAAAACUAAUCUGUUACAGUGUUAUGCUUUCAGAGCCUUGAGGUUUCUCUUCAGUAUGGAAAGAAACAGACCACUCUUUAAAAGACUUUUCCCCACCGACUUGUUUGAGAUGUUCAUUGACAUAGGACAUUAUGUUCGUGACAUCAGUGCUUACGGAGAAUUGGUAUCCAAGUUGAAUUUAUUAGUGGAGGAUGAACUGAAGCAAAUAGCUGAAAAUAUUGAGAGCAUUAAUCAAAACAAAGCUCCUUCGAAAUACAUAGGCAACUAUGCAAUUUUGGAUCAUCUUGGAAGUGGAGCCUUUGGCUGUGUGUACAAGGUUAGAAAACGUAGUGGUCAAAAUCUUUUAGCAAUGAAAGAGGUCAAUUUACAUAACCCGGCAUUUGGAAAGGAUAAAAAAGAUAGAGACAGCAGCGUAAAGAAUAUUGUUUCUGAAUUAACAAUAAUUAAAGAGCAGCUUUAUCAUCCCAAUAUUGUACGUUAUUACAAAACAUUUCUGGAAAAUGAUAGGUUGUAUAUUGUUAUGGAACUUAUAGAAGGAGCCUCACUUGGUGAGCAUUUCAGUUCUUUGAAGGAAAAACAACACCAUUUCACCGAAGAAAGACUAUGGAAAAUAUUCAUACAGUUAUGCUUAGCUCUUCGGUACUUACACAAGGAGAAGAGGAUUGUCCAUAGAGAUCUGACACCAAAUAACAUUAUGUUGGGGGAUAAGGACAAAGUAACAGUUACUGACUUUGGCCUGGCAAAGCAAAAACAAGAAAACAGUAAGCUCACGUCCGUCGUUGGAACCAUCCUGUAUUCUUGCCCAGAGGUGCUGAAGAGCGAGCCUUACGGGGAGAAGGCUGACGUCUGGGCGGCAGGCUGCAUCCUGUAUCAGAUGGCCACCCUGAGUCCUCCCUUCUGCAGCACCAACAUGCUCUCCUUGGCUACAAAAAUAGUGGAGGCGGUAUAUGAACCAGUGCCAGAAGGCAUCUACUCUGAGAAGGUGACAGAUACCAUCAGCAGGUGCCUGACUCCCGAUGCAGAAAUCCGUCCCGACAUUGUAGAAGUCAGUUCGAUGAUAUCAGAUGUCAUGAUGAAGUAUUUAGACAACUUAUCGACAUCCCAGCUGGCCUUGGAGAAGAAACUGGAAAGGGAACGGAGGCGCACGCAGAGAUAUUUUAUGGAAGCCAACAGGAACGCGGUCACAUGUCACCAUGAGCUGGCCCUGCUAUCUCACGAAACCUUUGAGAAGGCCAGUUUGAGUAGCAGCAGCAGUGGCGCAGCCAGCCUGAAAAGUGAGCUCUCUGAAAGUGCAGACCUGCCCCCUGAAGGCUUCCAGGCCCCCUGUGGGAAGGACGAGGACAGGGCCUGUGAUGAAACCCUGUCAGAUGAUGCCUUCCACCUGGAGCAUAUUGAGAAAGAUAUAUAUUCAGAGCUGGAUGAUGAGUUGGAUGUUUCGGAUAACUCCAGCAGCUCCAGUUCGAGCCCUUGGAAAGAGUCGACCUUCAGCAUUUUAAAGAGAAGUUUUAGUGCUUCUGGGGGAGAAAGACAAUCUCAAAUGAGGGACUACAUUGGAGGAAUCGGAUCAAGACCAAGACCAGCUUUGCUGCCUCUUGACCUGCUUCUGAAAGUGCCACCCCUCAUGCUCAGGGCCCACGUUAAGGAACUAGAGGCCAAGUUAGGGACAGGGUGGCAGUCCCACAGCCUUCCUACUGUGAUUCUUCGAAAUCUCAAAGAUCAUGGGCCACAGAUGAGCACAUACUUGUGGCAAGCAUCUGCAGGAAUUGCUGUGUCCCAGAGGAAGGUGCGUCAGAUCAGUGAUCCCAUCCAGCAAAUACUAAUCCAGCUGCACAAAGUCAUCUAUAUCACACAGCUUCCUCCGGCUUUGCACCACAAUUUGAAAAGAAGAGUUAUAGAGAGAUUCAAGAAAUCCCUCUUCAGCCAGCAGAGUAACCCUUGUAAUUUGAAAUCUGAAAUUAAAAAGUUAUCUCAGGGAUCUCCAGAACCAAUCGAGCCAAACUUCUUUACUGCAGAUUACCAUUUAUUACGUCAUUCAUUGGGUGGAAACAGCCUGUCCUCAAAUGACCUGACAGGUCCACCCACCAGCUCUGAUUUGGAGGAAGGAAUAACGUAUGAGCAGAUGCAGAGUGUGAUUGAAGAAGUCCUAGAGGAAAGUGGCUAUUACAAUUUUGCAUCUAACAGGUAUCACUCCUAUCCAUGGGGGACGAAGAAUCACCCAACCAAAAGAUGAAAAUGUUG